AAGAUGGUGGCUGACAGAAUGCUUACUGCAAAGCAGGCAAUUAUUGAAUGUGUUACAUCAGCAGCCUUGAUAUCCCCAGGAAGACUACCUGGGAAAACUCCUUCAGGACAGGUAGUCGAAGAAGCUUUGGGAGGUCCAGACAACUUUGAGAAACAAACAGGAAAUGCUGCAAGGAACAAAGUGAGUCCACUCCCUUCCCAGGAAACACAUUUCACUGCAACUUUCAACAAGAAAAUCCCCACAGAAGAGACUGUUCUUGAAUGUAAUCAAAGUGAAGGAAAUCUCAAUCUGAACUUAAAUGUUAUUACACAACAAAUAAUUCACACUGGGGAAAAGCUCUAUGAGUGCUUUGAUUGUGGGAAAGCCUUCUUACAGAGCUCAAAGCUGAUUAGACAUCAGAGAAGUCAUACUGGUGAGAGACCAUAUACAUGUAAAGAAUGUGGUAAAGCCAUUAGUUUGAGCUCAGACCUUGAGAGAAUUCAAAGUGGUGAAAAGGCCUAUGAAUGUUGUGAAUGUGUAAAAGCUUCCCGGGGCAGCUCAGAGCUUAUUAGGCAUCAGAGAAUUCACACUGGAGAGAAACCUUAUGAAUGUGGUGAAUGUGGGAAAGCCUUUAGCUGAAGUCAGCAUAAUAAAAUUCAUACUGGACAUAAAGGCUAUGAAUGUAAUGAGUGUGGGGUGGCUUUUGAUAGAAGCUCCAUCCUUAUUGAACAUCAAAGGAUUCACACUGGAGAGAAACCUUAUGUUAAUGAAUGUGGAAAAUCCUUCAAUCAGAGGUCAGCCCUCACUCAGCACCAGAGGAUCCACACUGGGGAGAAUCCUCAUGAAUGCAGCGAGUGUAGGAAAACAUUUAGGCAUAGGUCAGGCCUUAUACAGCAUCAUAGAACUCACACCAGAGUUUAA